AUGCUCAGGUUUACAGUUGAUCUUGACACUUGUUCGGCUUCAUCUUCAAGCACGGACGACACACUACAGGACAUCCCCACAGCUGAACUUCGUAGGAACGUGGAGGGCGUGCUGAAAUGGAAUCCAGUGCGUCUCCAGCCGCGGAAGACCGCGCCACCACUUCCCAUCCAACCCCUCCAUUGGAGAUACACCAAACAUUUGGACAGUAAACUGCUGCUGCGCUCGGUGGUACCCAUGGACUCGCUUGUCAGCGACCUGGCGAAGCUAGCGCAGGAAAACCUAGACGCCACGCUCGGCUCGUGCGGUUUGUACCCAAGCCGCGCGUUGGGGUAUCAUAUGAAGAGAACAGCCGCUGGCAUAGACCUCGGACCAGAGGGAAUAGCGAAUGGCUAUGCACGGAGCUCCGCCCAAAUUUGUGGCAGGAUCGCAACCAAGGUCUUGAUUCCGCAAACGGGUGAUUGGGGGCGCAGCGUGCAAUGGGGCCGGCGGGUUGAGCUCCACAAGACUUCCGCCGGCAUCGACGACGACGGUCAUUUGUUUUUCCUGCGCGAUGAGGACGGCAAGCUGAAGCUCUUCCACGAUGAGCAUUUGCAGCUCAUGGAUCCCAAUUUGCUCAAAGAUUUGGAGCGAGUUUUGUCAUGCACUCCAAAGAUUGGGACUUGGGUCUUUCUUUCACUCACCCGAAAGUCGAAGAAACUGUUACUUGGCAUGGAUCAACUCGCCGCGCGGGACAGCUUCGACUAUGAGCUUUGUCGGACUGUUUAUCCCAACUCAACUUCGUCAUCGAAAUCGGUCACGGUCCCUCCCGAUGCGAUGUCCACACCAUGGACACUUCCGUCUUUUCCUAGCAGGAACAAUCCGAACUCUGGCCAUGCAAGGACGCUUCGCGCUACCACAAUUGCCGCGUCGAAAGCGACUAAGAGGAGAGCGGCAAAGGUGGUGAUCCCGUCCGCCCGACGGAGACCAGAAACGACUGCUUAUGCCCCAGUGCCUCUGACCACCGAAUCACUCGUCCAAAUGGCAUGGGCCAAAGCAGUGGCCAAUGAUGCCACAAUGAUAGUUUUCAACUGCGGUAAUCAUGAGCGGCUUGCUGUCCGCCACAGAGGGACCCAGACACUUUACAUCUCGGAACUCUACGACAUCACCAAAUGCGAAGAUCCUGGUUAUGCCAAGCUCCAUGUGGGCUUAUACCUCGCACAGGUUUUCGACGCCAUCGCUCGCGCUAAGGCGGCCAGCGCGCCCGCGGAACUGCGGCGAAGUAGUCGCAAACGCCCUCAUAACGACAAUGUCGCCUCAUUAUCGCUGCCAAACAAGCGCUUGAAGCGUGAUCCGGAGAAAUCCGUGGAGGGCCCGAUGAUGGAGCUUGCGAGUCAAUGCGACAUGAUGCUGCUGCACUUGCAGUAUGACAAAUAUUACUCCCCUGCCCCAGCUUCGUUUCUUCGAACGACACCGUGCCUCGUGCACAAAACUAAUCGAAAACCGGGAUAUUCUCCGCGAAUCAAACGGUCUUAUCGACUUCAUGAAUGUUUCGAAGUCAUCCUCACAGGCCAGCUCGGCAGAGGCGGAACCGGAACAGUCUAUGGAGCAAAAGGGCGGUUAACAACGAAAGACGGCAAGACACACAUCCAGGAAGAUCUUAUCGUCAAGAUGACAUUCGAAAAGCACCCACAGCGACGAAUGCGCCAUGAAUACGACGUCUACCAGCAACUCGCAGAACACGGGGUCACAGGUGUCCCGCAGAACCUAUGGCAAUUGUGUCCGGACAAAGACACGUCGCAGAUAUCGGUUACGCAGGCACAACGCGAUCGAUUUACCGAGAUCCUCCAAAACGUCCAUCGCGCUGGAGUCCGUCAUCACGAUAUUCGCGCCGCAAACCUCAUGAUCAACGCCGCGGGCGAGGCCUGCAUCGCCGACUUCGAUCGCGCGCGGCUGAAUUCAACUGAAGCCAAGAAGGAAUGGGAGAUGGACAUCCUCCAGGAGCUCAUGGAGGGCAUCCAUCACAACUUCCUGAUUCCCAGCCCCAUCAUGCUGGGCGACGGACAAGAAUACCGGGAUGAGACGCCCGUCUCUGCGCACGCUGGAUAUGGAUCGGGCAGUGGAGGAGGGGAAGGGGACUCAGAAGUGGACAGCGAUGAGAGUGGGGAAGAUGCUGGUGAAGACUAG